AUGCAUCUCACAAAGGAUCACCUUCAUCCCUCUCCAGAAGAGAAGAGGAAACACAAGAAGCACCUGGUGCAGAGCCCUAAUUCCUGUUUCAUAGAUGUGAAAUGCCCAGGAGACUGUAAAAUGCACAGUCUUCAGCCAUGCACAACAGUAAUUUGGUGUGUUCUCUGUCAGCUGACAGGAGGAAAAGUAAGGCUUACAGAAGGAUGCUCCUGCAGAAGGAAGCAGCAUUCAGAAAACACGCUGAAGCAAGAGGAAUAG